GUUAGUUAGGGUUUAAUAGUUUACAAUUUAAUUAAUUUAAUUAAGAGAGAGAGAGAGAGAGUAUGUACUACGUAUGUAGUAGAAAAAAGGAUUCGUUUUCUCUUACGUUAUUAUGUAGAGCACCAACUACGCCUUUCGUUUCUUACUACGUUUGCUGUCGUCGCCCCACACUCUCUCUAACUGUCUCUUCUUCGCACUUUAACUUUCGUUUAUGCACCGAUUGCUGACUGCGUUCAACGUUCUGGAGUGUACGAAGACUGACAAAGCACUUGCGGUACUUUGACUUAAAGCUGCAGGGAUGGAAGGAUGGAAUGUUUAUCGUCGGAAGACAUUGAUUGGUCAGCAUGGGGAAGAUGGAAGUUAUUUUCCUUCUGUUACUGUUAAAGUAGAGGAACCAGAUAACGAAGAAGGAAACAUAAAAAAUGAACCUGUCUUCUUUCCAGAUGUUAAGAAAAGGAAGCGCCUCAGUCUUAGUCAGCUUAAAGAGGUGAAAGCGGAGUCUUGUUGGACACAAAGCAGUGGAAAGACUAAGACAAAGAGGCAUGAUUGUAGGGAUAGAUGGUCAGGCGAGAGGUACAAGUUGGCGGAGCAAAGCAUGUGGGAGGUGUUGAAGGCAGAGGGUGCGACAUUUGAAAACCCAAUAAGCCGACCUGCAUUGAGAUUGGCCGCCCGUAAAUACAUUGGUGAUACUGGACUUCUAGACCACUUACUGAAGCACAUUGAUGGUAAAGUGGCACCUGGUGGGUCUGACCGGUUCCGGAGAUGGUUCAACACCAACGGAGUAAUGGAGUAUUGGUUGGAGAGUGCAGACUUGGAUAAGGUCCGCGAGGAGGCAGGGGUGCUGGACACAUACUGGAUACCACCAUCCACUGUUAGGGAAGGCCAUGCCUCUCGUCAGGAUACUGAUUCUUCUGAUGAAUUGAAACAGCUUAAAAUUGAAAUGGCCCAAAUGAAGAAAGAUUUGCAGGGUCUCAUUGUCAAGAAGCAAAAUAAAAUUCAAAGUAACGUGAUGGAGGAGACUCACAAGGAAUUCAUGAAGUGGAAAGCUAUAACUGACCAUCGCCUAACUGAAAUCAUGGCUUCUUUGAAUAAUGUGCAGGGCAAGUAUGAUGAAUUGGCGAUUUGGAAAACUAGAGUGGAGCAGCAUCUUAUGGAAAUAACAAAUAAAUUGAAUGAUCUUCAAGCACGAAGAGAAUGCAACACUUCUAGUCCUCCUUCAGAAAAUUGGAAAGAUUGGUUAGAAGGCACUAACCAAGACACUAUUCAGGAAGAUGCAUUGGUAACUUGGAUCGAGAGUUCAGCACUACUUAAUGAUCCACAAGGAGGUUUACUUCAAGUUCCCUACUCAGGGAUACCAACUCAGCUAUUCAAUGAAGAACUGACUAACAAGAAAAGUGAUAUUGUGGAGUUGAUGCCCACAAGGCAAGAAGAUCAACCUAACGUGACCCCAGAUUCUUCUACAACUGUUAAUUCAAAGUCAGACAUGGACAACUCACUGAUAACGUUUCAGGACAUGUUUAUGGAUUUACUCAAAUGGAGAGAAAAAAUGGAGCAGCAGCUGUUGGAUGUAUCAAACACUGUAUAUGGCAUUCUAGCAAUGAAGUAGCAUCACUUUGAGGUAUCAAGUCUAGGAUAGGAUCAUAACCACCUUCAGUUCACAAGUUUUUCUUCUUUACCUCUUAAAACCAGUAGAGUUUAUAUAUCGUACAGCAUUAACAAUCUUUAACAAUCUGAUACUGAAAAUCUUUGCUGACCACUAAGUUCAUGGAAGAGGUUGAACCUCACCUGCUUGUCGAGCUGCAAAUUGUUGAUAUGUUUGACUGGCCUUUUACAGUAUAGUUUCUUAUAUUUGAGGCAUGUCGUCAGUGGGGCUGAAAUUGGUUGUAUAAUUGACUUGUUGGUUAAGAUUACCAGUUUCUUUAGUAAAAAAGGUCUUUAGUUAGGCUUUAUCCGUAUUUUACAUAUUAGCUAGAACUAUUCGAUGAGAAUUUGUACUUAUCUAUUUGGGGAGCAAGUUGCCAUAUUUAUAUACAGAAUUUUUACAAUA